AUGCAAUCAACCUCGACCCAACAACCCCCACAACCCCCCAAAGAAUCCGCCUACACCCAAUCUAGCAACCCCGUAACACACAACCCCAAGGAACAACGCGAACAGCGCACCCAAUCCUCAAACUACGGAAACCCCGUCUCCUCCAUAACGCGGGGCGCAGGCUCGAAGCCUUCUACAAACUCCAGCAUCCAAAGCCAGCGACACAAUGACUCACUCAACGCCAUGCGCCGCGAGGGCGACGUUGACCUAGACUACGGCGUUGAGCAGCAGCCGAAUGAAGGUGCGAUUGCAAACGCGGUUCAGGGCCAGUCGAGGCAUAGAAUUGAGGAUGAGGCGCGUCAGGCGGGUGCGCAUGCGGGACCUGUGGGGAGGGCGCAGGGACCUGGGGCCCCGGCGUUUGGGGAGGGGGUGACUACGUUGGAGAAUUUGGAUGAAAAAGGGGAGGAGCAUAAAAGGAUUCUUGGGGAGAGGGUUGGGAGGACGCCGCCUCUGGCCAGCGAGGAGGAGCGGUUGGAAGAUGUGCGGGAGAGGAAGCUGAAGAAGGAUAGGGAGUUGCAUCCGACAGAUGUGGUGGGAAAGGCGACGGGUGACCCGGUUGUUGGGAGGUAG